AUGGCUGAGAAGAGUCUGCAGGUAUACCCCUUGGCACCUGCUAAUGGGAAUCCGAGGAGUGAUGAAGAAUCAGCUUAUUUACACUCCAAGGAGCUGAAGAAGAAGAAGAGGCUCAAGUGCUUUGCAUAUAUCGUUCUUUUUGCUGUGUUUCAGACCCUAGUCAUACUCACUUUCGCCCUUAUCGUCAUGAAAAUUAAGACCCCGAAAGUCAGGUUCGGCACGGAAACAGUCCAGGCCAGUAACCUGGUCAUUGGCACAGCGGCAUCUGGUUUCAAUAUGAGUUUAGCGGCCAAACUCACUGUGGAGAACACUAAUUUUGGGCACUAUAAGUUUGAUCAGACCACCGGCACCAUCACGUACGAAGGCGUGAAGGUGGGGGAGUUUAUGAUUCCUAAGGCCCGUGCCAGGGCUCGUUCCACAAAGAAAAUUGAUAUAGUGGCGGAUGUGAAUUCCAACACCCUUAACAGUGAUCAUGGGACUGGGUUUUUGACACUGAACAGUCAGGCCAAGUUGACCGGAAAGGUGAUUCUGAUGAAGGUGAUGAAGAAGAAGAGGUCUGCAGAGAUGAGCUGCAGUUUGGUCAUUGAUGUGAACAGAAAGGUAGUUAGUAGUGUGAUGUGUAAGUGA